GAAUUCUUUGACCGGCAUUGAAGGGGAAGGGGGGACAUUUUUCCCCCACAUCUUUUAGGUUUUUUUCAUUAUUCUUUUUCCCUAGGAAAUCAUUAACUGGGGGGGGGGUUGGUUUUUUUCCCCUCCCCCCCUUUUUUUUUGGAGGGGGAUUUCAGAAGACACAUCCUUCUUUCCCCUCCCCUCCAAAGAUUUUUUUUCAUCCUUCGUCUUUGUGGAAAUGUGGACAUUUCAGGCAGACAGAUUGAGUGGAAUUGUCUCUGCUUUAGCAGCUCUUUGUCUCGCCUGCUGUGCGCAAAGCCCAUCCACAGGGAAUAUUUCUGUGGUGAAAGAGAUUGUGGACAAACUGCUGAAGGGCUACGAUGUCCGCCUCAGGCCUGACUUUGGAGGUAACCCUGUCACAGUUGGAAUGAGCAUCCAUAUCUCCAGCAUUGACCAGAUCUCUGAAGUCAACAUGGACUACACCAUCACCAUGUACUUCCAGCAGAGCUGGCGGGACAAACGCUUGGCUUAUAAUGACCUUCCUCUCAACCUGACCCUGGACAAUCGGGUGGCUGACCAGCUCUGGCUGCCUGACACCUAUUUUCUGAAUGACAAGAAGUCCUUUCUGCACGGGGUGACAGUGAAGAACCGCAUGAUUCGGCUCCAUCCUGAUGGGACUGUGCUCUAUGGGCUGAGGAUCACCACCACAGCUGCUUGCAUGAUGGACCUCCGGAGGUACCCCCUGGACCAGCAGAACUGCACGCUGGAGAUUGAGAGCUAUGGUUACACGGUUGAUGACAUUGUCUUCUUCUGGCAAGGAAAUGAUUCUGCUGUCACAGGGAUGGAGGUGCUAGAGCUGCCCCAGUUCACUAUCAUUGAGCAGAGGCUGGUCAGCAGGGAAGUGGUCUUCACCACUGGUUCAUACCUGCGUUUAUCCUUGAGCUUUAGGAUUAAGAGAAACAUUGGUUACUUCAUCCUUCAGACUUACAUGCCAUCUAUUCUCAUCACCAUCUUGUCCUGGGUCUCCUUCUGGAUCAAUUAUGAUGCUUCUGCUGCACGAGUGGCAUUGGGGGUUACCACGGUACUUACAAUGACUACCAUCAACACCCAUCUGCGAGAGACUCUUCCAAAGAUCCCUUAUGUCAAGGCUAUUGAUGUUUAUCUCAUGGGCUGCUUUGUCUUCGUGUUCCUGGCACUCCUGGAGUAUGCUUUUGUCAACUACAUAUUCUUUGGGCGAGGCCCCCGGCAGCAGAAGAAACAGAGUGAGCGGAUCAGCAAGGCCAACAACGAGCGUCACCGCUACGAGGAGAAGAGGGUGAGAGAACAGGUUGACCCUUACGGUAACAUCCUCCUCAGCACUCUGGAGAUGAACAACGAGCUGCUCACUACGGACAUGAUGAGCAGCGUCGGCGACUCUCGAAACUCUGUCAUGUCCUUUGAAGGCUCAGGAAUCCAGUUCCGGAAACAGCUGGCCUCUCGGGAUGGAUUUGGUCACCACCCAACCCUGGACCGCCAUGUCCCCCUGACCCACCAUGCUGCAGCCCGCAACCGUGCCAACUGCCGCCUCCGCCGGCGGUCAUCAAAGCUGAAGCUCAAAAUCCCAGACCUGGCAGAUGUCAGCACCAUUGACAAAUGGUCACGGAUCAUUUUUCCAAUCACCUUUGGAUUCUUCAACCUUGUUUACUGGUUGUACUAUGUAAAUUGAUGCCUGCAGCCUCUGAGAGAGAUAGGGACAUACACUCAGACAAGGACAACACAGGAGUGUUGUGGUCUUUUG